UGCUGGAGACUUUUGUUUUUAGUUUAUGUCAGUGUGACGUUUCAGCGCCCUCUUUAGAAUUCCUUCUAGCCGAAAGACACAUUGUUGCAAUGGCGCCAAGAAAAGGAAAAGUACAGAAAGAAGAAGUUCAAGUGUCCCUUGGACCACAAGUUCGUGAAGGCGAAAUUGUAUUUGGUGUAGCCCACAUCUUCGCCAGUUUCAACGAUACUUUCGUACACGUUACCGAUUUGUCUGGAAGAGAAACCAUUUCCAGAGUUACUGGUGGAAUGAAAGUGAAAGCAGACAGAGAUGAAGCUUCUCCCUAUGCUGCUAUGUUGGCUGCUCAGGAUGUAGCUGAAAAGUGCAAAACUUUGGGCAUCACCGCCCUCCACAUUAAAUUGCGUGCUACUGGUGGAAACAAGACAAAAACUCCAGGACCUGGUGCACAGAGUGCUCUUAGGGCUUUGGCUCGUUCAAACAUGAAGAUUGGCCGCAUUGAAGAUGUUACCCCCAUUCCAUCAGACUCUACUCGCAGGAAGGGUGGUCGCCGCGGUCGCAGAUUGUAAAUUUGCUGGUUUUUUAUGUCUUUAACAUCUCAAUAAAUACUUCGUUGAAGUAAUGAAA